CAAAGACCAGAGCAGAGCAGCGGGACAUAGCAGAGCAACCACCCGCUAAUCCGGGCGCUUUUUGCCGUUGAGAUAAUUAGAUUACGGCGCACCGACGGUGCACCGAUCACCAUCCCUGCCGCUUGCUGCUCCUGCGGUACUUGCACAGCUACCAUAAGACAAAUAUUCUCUCUCUGACUGCGCAUCGCCUCUCUCUUCCUUCAGCUGGUGUCGCUCGGUCCCCCCCCUCUCCCUCUCUUUGGCUGGGAAAGCAAGGGAGAACAUUAGAGCACAUAUACUGUUACUCUGUCUCUCCUACAGAGCUCGUAGUUACCUUGUGACUCCCACACUGGGGACUUAAACUAAAGGAGACUAGAGCAGAGGAAGACUAUCUUUACCGCACGAAGGCGAAGAGCAUGGCAUGAAGAGCAUCGCUUCUUUUUCUUCUUCCUCCUUUUCUUUUUCUUUCUUUUUUGUGACUUGAAAAUAAACUACUCGAUGUUUCUCUCGUCUUGAAGGGACCGACAACGGGAUUUUCUUGUUCCCCCCUCAACACACACAAAAGUGGGGUCAGUCCUUAACCGAGGCGGGUGGAUGAGUUGUGUGGAUGUUAUUUCCUGGAUUUUUUCCACCGGGCUGUGUGUUACCGCGGCCCAAAGACAGCAACAGUGUGCGGAAAAGUAGAUUUGUGUGAAACAUAUGGCUUCAACGAGGACGACACGCUGGAUGCUUGGUGAAGCAUGGUGGUGAAGAUGGUUAGAAUGCGCUUAACGGGGCCGCUGUCAUGGGGCUGGUGCAAAUGGUCAAGUGUAACAGGAAUGGGAGUCCUGUAUCUGCUGAUGCUAUCAACCUGCCUUGGCCAAGACACGGAAGACUGGCAAUAUGAGGAAUGCAAACUUUCCCGCUCGGGUCCUCCUGCUACCAUAGUUGCCAUCGAUGAAGAAAGCCCCAACGGAACAUUGUUGGUGGACAACAUGCACAUCAACGGUGUGGCUGAAGGUCCGGAUCGAACCAUCUCUCUGUCCCUGAGGGACAACAACGAUCGCUGGGUCAUUCUUGACCCUUCCAAACAAGCCCUUUACCUAAACAGCACGGGACGGGUUCUGGACAGAGAUCCCCCCUCGUACAUUCACUCCAUCGUGGUUCAGGUUCAGUGUACCAAUGAGCUGAUAGGCACUGUGAUUUUACACGAGGUCCGCAUCGUUGUUCGAGACCGCAACGACAACAUGCCCCGUUUCCAGCAGCCGAGAUACUACGUCGCCGUGAAUGAGCUGACUCCAGUUGGAACGACUAUCUUUUCUGGUUUCUCAGGAAACAAUGGAGCAACAGACAUUGAUGACGGUCCCAAUGGACAGAUAGAGUACACCAUCCAGUACAAUCCGAGAGACCCGACAGCUAACAGAACCUUUGACAUCCCGCUGACACUGUUUGGCUCUGUAGUUCUCAGAGAAAGACUCAACUAUGAGGAUAUAACAAGAUACCUAGUCAUCAUACAAGCUAAUGAUCGAGCCCCUAAUCCAAGUGACCGUCGAACAGCCACCACCACACUAACUGUGGAUGUACUGGACGGUGAUGAUUUGGGUCCAAUGUUUCUACCAUGUACGCUUGUGGGAAAUACCCGUGAUUGUAGUCCCAUCACGUAUAAGGCUAAUGUGCUUGAGCUGACCGAGCCGAGUAAGGUGAAUCCGCUCAAUGUGACUCCACCCAUACAAGCUGUGGACCAGGACAGAAACAUACAACCUCCCUCUGACAGGCCGGGGAUCCUGUAUUCCAUCCUUAUUGGCAAACCAGAGUCCUAUGUAGAAUAUUUCCGCUUAAACAGAACCACAGCAGAACUUCUGCUACUGAAGCCCAUCGACAGAGAGCACUACCACAGAUUUGAUCUGGUGAUCAAGGCAGAACAGGACAACGGCCACCCCCUGCCAGCUUUCGCCAGCCUUCAAAUCGAAGUUCUGGAUGAAAACAACCAGGCACCCUACUUCCUGCAGCCUAGUUACCAUGGCUACAUCAGUGAGGCAUCGCCAGUGGGAACCACCAUAGCGACCAGCGCCAGCCUAUCUGUACCACUGGCCAUAAUAGCACUGGAUAAUGAUGUGGAGGAGACACGGGAUCCGCAGCUUCAAUUCUCACUGGACAGCUAUUCUCAUGUUUUCUCUGUAUCUGCUACUGGAAUCAAAAGAUACCUCACUCUGGUGCAGCCUGUCGACAGAGAGACACAAGACUCCUACACAUUCACGCUUGUAGCAUCAGACGGUGUCCAGGAGAGCACUGCAGUUACCGUGGCCAUAACAGUGUUGGAUGCUAAUGACAACACCCCAACCUUUCCUAACGUUUCCUAUAAUGUGAACCUGUUUAUCGACAUGAUGCCUGGAGAAGCCGUGUUACAGCUGUCAGCAUUUGACUCCGAUGCAGGUCAAAACGGUCUCAUCACGUAUCGGAUUUUGGCUGGUCACCAAGGACACUUUGUCAUAGGCAACAGCAGUGGGAUCAUCACUGUGGCACCAGGCGUGCAGCUAAGUGUUGGGCAGAGCUAUGCGUUGACCGUAGAAGCCAUGGACAACGGGCCUGAACCCCACCGAAGGUCAUCCAUUACUACGGUCUACAUUGAAGUUUUGCCACCAAACAACCAGAGCCCUCCUCGUUUUCCGCGGCAACAAUACAACUUGGAGAUCAGUGAAGCUAUGAGGACUGGGGCUACACUUCUUAAUCUGCAGGCAGUGGAUCGGGAGAGGGACCCCAUAACCUACAAAAUCCAAAGCGGAGACAUCCAGGAACAUUUUGCACUACAACAAAAUUCAGGCUAUUUGGUUCUGGACAAACCUCUGGACAGGGAGACUCUGGAUUAUUACACCCUGGUGGUGACAGCCUCAGACGGACACCCAGAAGGAACGUCUACAGCGACGGUGAACAUUGUGGUGACUGACGUUAAUGACAACGACCCGCUGUUCGAUACUUCCCUGCCAGUGAACCUCACUGUCAUUGAGGAGCAGAAACACGCCUACGUUGGACAGGUUAAGGCUACAGAUCCAGAUCUGGGGGCAAGCGGUCAGGUCCAUUAUCGGCUCGUCAACCACCAGGGGCUGUUUUCCAUCAAUGCCACUGGAACCAUUACAACUGCAGUGCCACUGGACAGAGAGGUUAAAGGCCAUUACUAUCUCACGGUUGAAGCCUGGGAUGGUGCAGAGAAUCCACGGCGAUCCAGAUUAACACUUCGUGUCACCGUUCUGGAUAUAGACGACAACAGCCCAAUAUUCACCCAACAAACUUACAAUGUCAAUCUACCGGAGAACAGCCCAAAGGGCACUGUUAUAUUACAAUUAAAGGCGACAGACGCUGACCUCAACUCCAACCUUACUUACCGAAUCAGAACCGAAGGCUCGGGCCAGGACAUCACUCAGCUGUUCCACAUCGACUCCAGAACAGGCGAGCUUUCAGUUCUCAAGGUUCUGGACUUCGAGGCUCUGUCUGAGUCAGAGCCCACAUACACGUUCACUGUAGAGGCCCUGGACACAAAGGGAAACAUGCCUCCUGGACUAGCCUCUGUUACAGUCAGAAUAAUGGACAUGAAUGACUUUUCUCCAGUAUUCAGCCAGUCAGUGUACCGAGGCAUGGUUGCCCCCAAUGCUGUCAAGGGAACCAUCGUAACCACAGUGAUGGCCAAUGACUCUGACCCUGCGGGUACUCCAGCAGGUUUAGUACGUUAUAAGGUGGACCAGGAGGCGUAUCCAUACUCAGCCAGUAUAUUUGGCGUAGACGAACAGACCGGACGUGUGGUUACCAGAGUGAACCUGAACGAAGAGCCGAACAUGAAGUUCAGCCUGGUGGUGGUGGCCUACGAUCAUGGUGAGCCUGUAAUGAAGAAUACAACUCUGGUAGAGAUCACAGUCCUUCAGCCCUCUGUUAUCCCUGUCUUCACCCGGGAAGAAUACAGGUUUCUGCCAGUCAGCGAGGAGGCUGCUGUUGGAACCCCAGUGGGAGUCAUCUUAGCAUCUGCUGUCAAUCAAACUAUCGUGUACUCCAUCAUCGAAGGCAACGAGGGUGGUGUGUUUGCUUUAAAUGAAACAACAGGAGUCAUUUACACUGCCAAGCCCCUGGACUAUGAGACCAAUGCCAGCUAUGUUUUGAAGGUAGAGGCGGACUCCAUGAGAGUGGUGUCUUCAAACCUGCGAGCUCCCUCAAAAACUAACACAGCUAAAGUGGUGAUUGAUGUCCAGGAUGAAAAUGACCAUGCGCCAGAAUUCACUAGACCUCUCUACAUUGGAGGAGUUGCAGAAGACUCCAAAACCUUCACCUCAGUCUUGCAAGUACAGGCCCUGGACAAAGACACUGGUAACUACAGUUCUAUAAUAUACCGUCUGAUCGCCCCCCCUCCAGCUAGUAAAGACACUAAAGACACCAAAGAUGGCUUUAUCAUUGAACCGUACAGCGGCGUUGUGAAGACUGCUAUCAUGUACCGCAAUAUGAGGAGGUCGUAUUUUAAGUUUGAGGUGGUUGCUACAGACAACUAUGGUCAAGGACACAGCAGCAAAGCAGACAUAGUGGUGUCAGUCGUGAACCAGCUGGACAUGCAGGUCGUUGUAUCAAAUGUCCCUCCUACGUACGUGGAGAAAAACAAAGAGAAGCUUCUGAGCAUUUUGGAACGCUAUGUCCAGGAACAGAUACCAGGAGCAAAGGUUGUCGUGGAAACCAUCGGGCCUCACCGUCAUGGGGAUGGGAUGGAGCAGGAAGACUACACCAAGUCAGACCUUAUGAUUUAUGCCAUCGACCCACUGACGAAUAGAGCUGUAUCAAGGCAGGAGCUCUACAAGUUUCUUGAUGGUAAACUUUUGGACAUCAAUAAAGAGUUUCAGCCCUUUCUCCCUCCUGGUGGCCGGAUUUUGGAAAUCCGAACUCCUGAAGUGGUUACCAGUGUAAAGAAAGCUGUGCAGACUGUAGGCUACACAGAGGGGGCGCUGUUGGCUCUGGCUGUCAUUAUCAUUAUCUGUUGUGUACCCGCCAUACUGAUUGUCAUAUUCACCUACAAACAAUUCAAAGAGCGUCAAGCAGAGUGUGCCAAAACAGCCCGCAUCCAGAUGGCACUGCCAACAGGCAAACCUGGGGGAGGCACUGCCAACAACCUGUAUGAAGAGCUGGGUGACAACGCCAUGCGUGGAUAUGGACAACAUGAGACGCAACAACUUCUCCGACCUUCUCUGCUCCGACCUGAGGAACUAUCAAUGGAAUCUGGCAUCGAUCCUGGCCAUGACUACUACACACAGGAUUAUUACAACUAUGACCACGGGUACGACCUUCCUCAGUACGGCAGCCGCAGGAAGCUGAUCUCGCCCUCUGGCCUCUAUGAUGAAUAUGGAGAAGUCGUUGUUGACGAUGACGGCAGCUACUACUACAGCCCACAGGAGUCUGAUGGAGAGCAGGGCAGCAGAAAACGUCGGGUCAAGUUGGUGUUUGACCGAGAGUACGAGACCAGCUCCACGGGUGAGGAAAGCGCGCCAGAAACCCAACGUGGGCGCUUGUCCUCCACCCACAACAGCCAAGUCAACGUUAACGGGAGCAUCUACGUGGCCCAGAAUGGCUCCAUCAUCCGCACCCGACGCUCAGUAAACACCACAGGGCCCACGCAAACCACUACUACGAACAACAACCUCAAACUCCCCUCUCCUAUCUUCAGCUCAAGGCUGGCAAAGCACUUUAAAAAACUAGACAAAAUGGCUGCCACACUGGAAGAAAGAGUUCCCCUGAACAGCUUCAGAACGACGCUGGACAGCGGGUGCAACACACUCCGCACUUUCCAGAGCUCGGGAACGGUUGCCACCACGACAACCACGUCCUCUUUCUCCAAUCCUGACAGCAAAACGCUGAAUGUGUUCAACACGCGACAAUCCAGCGUUUCUUCAGGGUCAACCAGCACCAGCAACGCAGGCCCUGAAAGCGUGGCGUCGAAAUCGAACCUGCUCAAAGCAGCACAGGAAGGCACGGAGCAGUCCCAGAGCACAGCGGAGAGAAACGAGUCGGAAGAAGGCGAGAGAGAGUCCAAGGUAGACGGCAGUAACGACGACACGGACGGACUCGUCAUCAGAGAGCCGCUGGAGUGCCCGAGUGACAGAACGCAGUCGGACGAGGAGGAGUUAUGGAUGGGGCCGUGGAACAGCCUUCACAUACCCAUGACCAAACUCUGACUGAACGCUACGCUACUGUGCUCGUCCCAUAUUGCCAAGAUCACUGAAACAUUGAGACAUGAUUUCUGUUCAUUAGUUGUGGAACUAACAGGGAUGCUCCAGGUCAAUUGGAAGAAAUCUAAUUACAUGAUUUGCUACUCUCUUGUCUGUGAUGGAAGAUUCCUCACAUAUCAGCCAGUAGAACUUUAUUUUAUUUACAUUCAGAGAAGUGAUGGAACUAUAUUUGAAGCAAAAACAGAACAAAUUCAUUGGCGUUUAAUUGGUUAUUUGGAUUACUUAUUAAAUGUCACUUUUUUGUACCUUCUCCACCUGAUUUCAGAGCUGCAACACCUUUAGAAAACUGGACCUAAACUGAGAGGACUUAUAUUUCUACUUUGAUAGCAGAGGCAAAGGUGCGUGAACUUUUUAAUGGCCCUUUAAGCGACUGGUGUCUGUAUGGAACUGAGUGACUCAUUCAGUAUUACGACUACUGACGCAACUCAUCUUGAAUUUGCCUGACAUGUUUCAUUAACACAUGAAGUCGUGUAUUGUUCACACUUGCCUUUUUAUCCUUGUAAAGUUGCUUAGCAGACUUUAUCCAAAUAAAAUUCCAGCCAUUGAAAUGUGGUUUCGCUAACUUGAUGAUAUGCUGCUAAACCCCAAGCUGUAACCUUGAAGGCUGGAAAAACAGGAGCCAAGGUUCAACUUCAACACCCUCCUUUUUAAAUUGGUUGGUUUCCUGUCACGGACACGGCUUUUUAGCGUAGUCCGCAAAUUUUCAAUAGAGUUGAGUUUUUGGGAAGGCUAUUUCAGCAGAUUAAUGUUAGCCUGCUUUUUCCAUUCCAAAAUUAGUUAAGUGUGAACAAGAUUUAACUAUCUAGCUGCUGAUUUUUGGUGAAGUGAAGACUUUGGAGGGACUACACCUCCUUCAUUGUUCCAUACACCUUCUGCAGUGUACCAGUAGGACGGGCAGCAACACACCGUUGGUCCAGUGUGCUCAGGUUUGAAAACCUUUGACAUAUAUUUGUUUCCUUGGAGCCAUUCAAGGAGCAGACUUGAUGAAACAGGUUUCAGAUCCUCAAGAUUUUCAUAUUAAAAUAUGGAAUUUAAUUGUAUUGAAGGCCAAAUAAAAAUCAACAAUACUUUUGAGAAUUAGGUUCAAUAAGCUCACAGUGGCGUUGUCUACUCUUCUCUUUGGUCUCUAAGAAAACUGCAUAGGGAUUAAAGCACAUACUCUGUUUUCCUUAAAAGCUCUGUCUUAACUAAUUUUACAAGGAUUUUCAUCACCGCUGUUGUACGGGCAACCGGCCUGGAAGCAUUUAGGGUUUUUGGAUAACCGAAAUUCGGAACAGUCACUAAAACAGCAUCUUUCAAUAAAUUAGGUAGAAGCUGUGCAUGUAAAGUCAAAACCUCUGCUUUUUGCCAACAGGCACUUCAGCCUAGCUUCACCCCCUGUAGAGUGAUAUGUUAAAUUCCCAAUUUGAGAUAUGAAAAUUACCGCCUUGUCUUGUAGUGAAUACCUGUUACCUGAUGUUAUGGGGUUGGUGCUUUUUGGAAUGUUUUUAUUGGAACUUCUAAAAAACAAUACAUCCCACUGUGUGGUACAGCUUAUUCGAUACGUUCUAGCAUUUUAUUAGCCGAAGAGCUAAUGCUUUGGUUGGCAGCAUUGGGUCUGUAUACAGACUAUGAGCAUUUGGAUUUGGAAACCAGACUCAAAUAUUUCAAAGAAGUGCAGUUGUUGCUGCAGUUGUUUUAAUUUUUGACUUGAAAGCAAGUGAAAAAGACAUUGUGGUGAUUAGUAACCGUUGGUUAGGUCUUAAGAGCAGCAGUUCCCAUUUGAAGAUGCACCUACAAGCUAAGCACAGCAUCUCCACAACAUAAAGAAAGCAGAAGAAUCAAGCCAAAUGAAACUGCUAGAGUUAAUUUUAAGCUUGGCUAAAGCUGUCACACCGAGGGACAGUUAACGAGGUGGUGGUGGAGAUUUGGGGUUCAGGGGUAGAUGCAAACUCACAGCAACGUUAUAGUGAGGAAAGAUGAUUAUACGGCAACUUUAACAUACUUUAAAGAGUUUUUAAUGAUUUUAUUUAAAAUGACCCCUUGAAAAAAGGACUUAAAAUAAGAGUUAAUUUUAUUCUUGCUUAAACAAGAUCAAUAUCACUUAAACACCUGUCUAAUAAAUAUGAAAAAAGACCGAUAUGCCUCCUUCCUGCUUAGUAGCAGUAAAAAAAAAAGGUUACAGCUUUAUCCCAAACUUCUCAAUUUUACAUAUUUUAUAAAUUAAUUAAAAGAAAAAUGCUAAUUACUAAAGUUCAUGGAUGCAGUUUCCAGUCUUCAUGCCUUUCUCUUAUUGAUCUUCUCUUGCAAGAAGGCAUAUAUUGCCAAAAGUGUAAAACCAAAGCUUUAAUUUCAUGAACAAAAAAAACUUCUUCUGCGCCAUUAAUAGUUAAUUAAAUUUCAUUUAAACCGAUAUUGAUCAGAAGAUACUGAAAGAAGAGAUUCCUUUUAAUUAUAAUUCCACACUACCAUAGGAAAUCUGCUUAACUUUGCACAUGAAGCCCUCUCCUUUAUCAAAGUUGCUCACAAUAAGGCUGGAGGAAACUUUUUAAUUGUGAACUGCAUACAGUUUUAUUUGAAGUCUUGAAAGACUGGGAUCAUUAAGCUCCAGAAUUACCGGGGUUUAAAACUUUCACCUUUAAUUGGAUGACCACAUAAUUUUGCAUUAAGGAAAUCAACAGAGGGUGCAGUACGGGUGGUGAUAUUUGAAACUGUGUGCUCCUUAUUACCUGGAAUUAGUGGAGUGUACCAGAGUCAUAUUUUAAACAGUUUCUGGAAGGAAGGGCACAUCUGAGCAGCUAACACUGAUUCAACAAAAUUGAUUGUUAAAAUUUUCACCGAUUCCGGAGGCCACUGUUUUACUGGAGAAGACAGGCUGAACGUGGCUUAUUAAGCUCUGACAGAGCAACCAGAGAUUUGAUUAGUAGCUGGAACAUUGUGAGACAGAACAUUUCAUCCCCAAAACAAAGUGAGUCAUCAUGUUUGCUUAAUUAUAAAAUGCUCAAAACAUCUCUGACAGGUUACAAAGAAGCUGGCUUUAAACUCUCACAGGCCAUUUUAUUUUGUACACUUUGCCAUUAUUGGGUUGGACCCUGUUUUCUAUCAAAUCUGCUUUAAUUCUUCAUGGUAUGGAUUAAACAAGGUGCUGGAAACCUUAGUCCAUAUUGACACGAUAGCAUCACACAGGCGGACAGAUGGGCACACUGGGGUCAUAAAAAGAUGGAUGUGGUCAGCAACAAUGCUCAGGUAGGUUAUUCCUACUAAGGGAAUAUUAGGAAAUAUCACUCACAUCAUUACAUCACCACCAGCAGGCUGAAGCACUGAUAUAAGAUUGGAUGGAUCCAUGCUUUCAUGUUGUUUAUUCCAAAUUCUAAACUGAAUGUCACAGCAGAAAUUAAGACUUAGUACAUCAGGUAACAUUUUCUCAAUCUUCUAUUGUUCACUUUCACUGAGCCUAUGUGAACUGUACUCUGUUUCCUGUUGUUAGCUAGUACCCAGUGUGGUCUUCUGCUGCCCUAACAUUCAGAGAUGCUCUUCUGCAUAGAGUUACAAUAAGUGGUACUCCAAGCAGUCCGGCCACGUUUUUUCUAACCUUUGGCAUCAAAAACACAUUUCUGCUCAAAGAACUGCUGCUCAUUGGAUAUUUUCAGUUUUUUGGACCAUCCUCUGCAAACUCAGAUUAGAAACUCUAAAUCUCUACCAUUCAACGAGAAAAUUAGAAAAUAAAUAAGAUCCGGACAUGUGUCCAUCCAUGAUCAUUGAAGAUGGACUACAAUCGAGUGGAAAAUUGCCACGUGGUCUUAUCAAUCUCAAAAUGCAUAACAGUUUCUAGAAAUCCUGGAUACACCCUCCUCUGGACAUAAGAAAGAGAUCAAAGUAUUUCCCAUUUUUAUUGUGAUUCAUAUGACAAAAAAUAAAAUCCACCGAUUACCAUCCAUUUAAAGUAAAUUCAAGUAAAUAGACAAAUGUUCACUUGACAGUCAUGGCAUAACACAGAGAGCAGAUGUUAAAGUGUAUAGUGGACCACUUAUGGAAAGUGCUAACAAUCAAAACAUAGCUUGACAGCAUACACGUGGAUAUAAUGAAUACACCAAAAUGUAAAAUAAAGUCUCAAAUUGUCAGAUUUAGUCCACAGUUAUGGAAAAUAAAAUGCUGCUGCAUACUGCUGAAUAACAUGCCAUAAGUAUGAAUAAUACACUAAAUAUUUUACAGUAAAAUAUUUUUUUACAUAUCUAAAUACGUUUGAGUAAAGUCAGGGCAGUAGAGUUCACCCUCUCACAUACUGAAAUAAAUAAACAAACACUAAUAACUACUUACAGGAACUUACGCAUAAACAACACAAAUGCCAACCAGGGCUUCACAUUCAAAUAAAUAACUUCAAACACAUUUGUCUCAGGUUAAGAACAGUUACAUUCAGAAACGAGGUCUAGAGGUUAGAGAAAAAAAGGAAACAAGAUGUGGUGGUGUUAUAAGUCAGAUUUAAAACUGAAAAUGUCCCUUCCUGUGUGGAAUCACUGUGGAUUUCACACGCUUAUUAGAGCUGAUAUCGCUUUCAUCCAGGCAUGUAGUUGUAAUGACCAUUUCGUGAAAGAUUAGGUUUUGCUUCGCGUAAUGGCUUUUUUUUUUUAUCCAAAGUUUAAAUUAGAAACAGUUAGAGUAACAAAAGCCUGACUGGAUUAAAGGAUUGCAGCUUAAUUAUCACCGAUAUAGAGUUGUGGUUUCUGGGAUCACAGUCUCAUCUACCUUAAAUAUCAUAAGCCUUAGGUCCCACCAUACUCCCUUACUCCCAACAAAACAUAAUCCAUGCAUGUGAUUAAUAUUAAUCAGGUCAAAUUUAACCCAUUAAUUGAUGGUCACAAGUUGAAAGUAUGAGUUAAAGUGAAACAUGUCAGUCGUUUGUAGGUAUUAAAAAGAUGAAGAAUAACAGAUCUUCACUAUUGCACUAAAACUAUAACUCAUUACUUGGCAUUAAGCCUUUUUUGAAAGGUUUUUAAGCUUCUUUAAACAAAUAAUUCUAGUUUGUUAAAUUUUUAGUAUUCUGGAAUAUUGGUAAAAAAAAAUGAUUCCAUUUUUAUAAAAGUAGGAUUUAUAAUAAGCCUAAAGCUGAGUAAGCAGGAAUGAAUUGAAGCAGCUUUCAAUAAAGAGACUCAAAAGUGAUUUUUCUGAGUGAAAAUUUUAAAUGGAGAAAUAAAAUAACCCUAAUACAGCAGGUCUGUGUUCUUGAGUCUUGAUGAUGGACUUGAUUUUGUGUCACGGCUCCUUUUUGGGUAAUAAUCAAGAUGUAUCAUGUCGUUUUACAUCUUAAUGUUAUUAUUUUUUAAUGUAUAUUUGGUAACGUCAUUAACCAAAUGGGAGGAAGUAAAAUAAAAAGUUACUAUUAGUCCUAAAAUAUUGAAAUGUCGCUAAUUAAAAGAGAGAAAAGUGGCACCAAAUGAAUUUUGAAUGUAGAUUUAGAUGUGCAGAAGAAAGAAAAAAAAAUCUAGUCAUUACUUACAUUAAAUAUCUAUAAAGAUGCUGCUCUUAAAAUCAAGGACAGUAAGUCCAGACCAAUAAAUAAAGAAAAACCAAUCAAUUGCAUUACAAACAUUCAAUUCUGUGUGGGGAACACGGAAUACAUACCUAUAAGUCUGACAAAAAACUCCCCCAAAAUGUACUUGUGCUUUCUUUAAAACUAAAUUUGUGACUGGGCUAAAAUUGAAAGUAAUAAAUACAACGACAUAACAAGACAGAAGCAGUUCUAACCAUAACAAUCAAGUCGCUGUCACUAAUUAGACAGUAACACAAAAACAUUGACGACACCAAAAGGAAAAUGAAAAGUGCAAAACAUUGUUUGAAGAAGACCGGGAUGCUCUCCAAAGGAUCGUAGCACUACAACCAUCAUUGCACCAAUAAAAUAAUGUAGAAAUUUGCAGGAAAUACUCAAUUAUAAUCAGGUCCAACAGAGGAAAUGUCCAUAUUUGAACAAUCUCUGAAGUAAUGAAUGUCUGACUAAAUUUGUAACUAUGUUUUGGGCUCCACCAGUUUUGCAUUUAACAAUGGAAAUAUUCAGAAAGCUUACUGUUGCACAAAAAAGGUUAACAAACAGUUCUGGUGAUCGCAUUGUAUUCACACUAUUAAAAAGCAAUACCCCAUGUUUAAAUUACAUUUUAAAUAUAUAUAUAGUAAUGUAUAUAUAUUCAUAUAUAAACAUUUUUAACUUUUUAAGCUGCUCAGUUUGGCUGACAAGGUGAGAUAUGGUUGAUAUUUGUGCACAAUGAUGUGAGCAAUAAGAUACUCUGUAAAACAAAGCAGAUCAUCCUCAGAGAUACAGCCACAAAAUCAUCAAAUGUUGGAGGCAGUGUUGCAACAUUUUAAACGGACACAAGACAACUUUACCAAAACAGUGAGAAGUUGCUCCACAUUUGCAUUUGCAGAAUAUAAUAGUGUGUGCCUACACUGCCUUAAAACGCUCCUCAUAUAUGGACUAUUUAGGGCAAAUACGGUAGUGUCCGAUAAACUGCUUCCAUUUUUACGACAUUUAAAUAGAAUAGAAGCCUCCGAUUCUUUAUCCUCACAUUUGCUGCGUCUUUCUGUGAGCUUUGCUCAUCUGCACUGCCCCAAAAUGUGCUCUUACAGUACUGUGAAACUGGAACAGUAGGGAAAGAACCAAACAAGCCAGCUUGUCAGCCUCCUUCACAAUGCCCUCAACCAAAUGAGCCCAUACCUGAGGAAGCAACAAUCUCCUACAUCUCUUCGUCCAUUUUAACAUUUACUAGCAAGUGUGGAUUUUACUUCUUUGUUUUAAACAUACUGUACAAAAGAUUUAUUCAAACAAUUAUGCUAGUGCACAAGGCGUGUAGUCACUUGUGGA